AUGGUGAUUCAAAGCGAGGACGUGGCGGCCGUUGAGCCCCAGCUGCAGCCAAUUCCAGACCAACAGGAACAUCCUCUAAAAGAGAUCCCAACCGUAGCUUUCCAUGAGACUCUCACAAAUGACAAAGAUACAAACAUUGACGAUGGAGGCUGUCCUCCGAUUGCAAUCGUUGGCAUGGCCUUGCGCCUGCCAGGCGGGGUCAAAUCGCCGGACGAGCUAUGGAAAUUCUUGAUGGAGAAGAAAAAUGGGGUUUGUGAAGUGCCUGGCAGCCGCUAUACAGUGGAUUCUUUCUACAGUGAUAGUAAGGCCCAUUGCCUCAAAACUCGACAUGGAUACUACCUAGAAGAAGAUAUUGCCUGCUUUGAUGCGCCAUUCUUCUCUAUCAGUUCUAGUGAGGCUGCACAGCUGGACCCGCAGCAGCGUAUGCUUAUGGAGAUCGUCUGGGAAUGUCUGGAAAGUGCAGGUGAAACCAACUGGAAAGGCAAGAAUAUUGGUUGUUACGUCGGGGUCUAUGGUGAAGAUUGGUUAGACCUAGCCAGUAAAGAUCCUCAGUAUACCAACCGUUAUCAUGUUUUUGCAACGGGGCAGUUUGCUUUAUCAAACAGGUUAUCAUGGGAGUAUGAUUUUCGUGGUCCAAGCAUGACCUUACAAGCUGGCUGUUCAUCAUCAUUAAUCGGGUUACAUGAAGCUUGCCACGCACUUUAUGCGGGGGACUGUUGCGCGGCCAUUGUUGCAGGGACGAACUUGAUAUUUACCCCUACUAUGACGACCACAAUGUGUGAUAACAAUGUCCUGUCUCCAUCCGGGGCAUGUAAGACUUUUGAUAAGGAUGCCGAUGGAUACGGGCGGGGUGAAGGAAUCAACGCACUUUAUAUCAAAACUCUAGCUGAUGCCCUUCGAGAUAAUGACCCUAUUAGGGGUGUAAUACGUGCAACUGCAACCAACUUCGACGGGAAAACCUCCACUAUAACGACUCCGGGAGCUGAAUCCCAGGAGGCCCUUGUGCGGAGAGCCUACGAAAAAGCUGGAAUCAAUGAUAUCUGCCAGACAGGGUUCUUCGAAUGCCACGGAACUGGGACAGUAGCGGGAGAUACUACAGAAACGUCUGUAGUCGCCAAACUGUUUGAAGGGAAAGGGAUAGUAAUUGGCAGUGUAAAACCCAAUUUAGGCCACGGAGAAGGUGCCUCAGGUAUUACCAGCGUCAUCAAGGGAAUUAUGUCUCUUCAGCACGAUACAAUCCCGCCAAAUACAUUUUUCCAGUCUCCAAACCCGAAUAUUCCGUUCAAAGAGAGUAAGCUUCAAGUUCCAUUGGAUGCAAUGCCUUGGCCAGAAGGCCGUAGCAAGCGAGUGAGCGUGAAUUGUUUCGGUAUCGGUGGAGCUAAUUCGCAUGCGAUCUUGGAUUCUGCUUCCUCAUUUUGUAAAAGUGAAGCAAAGUCCAGCGUUGGGCAGUACAACAGCUCGCACCUUCUCGUUGUAUCCGCAAGGAGCGCAGAGAACCUACGAGAGAGAGUCAAUAUAGCGACUCAAUACAUCAACGAAAAUCCAUCUAAGCUGCAUGACCUCGCUUAUACGCUUGCUGUUAGGCGAGAACACCUCUCGCAUCGGGCUUUCGCAAUAGCACAACCAGGUCAGCCAAUUAGUGCAACCGCAUUCCAGAAUGGUCAGGAUGAAUUUCCUGAACUGGUCUUUGUAUUCACUGGCCAAGGUGCUCAGUGGGUCGGUAUGGGGAAAGACUUGAUGCAUGCUUUCCCAGAAGCUAGAAAAGACAUCCAGGCACUGGAAAAGGUACUCCAAGGUCUACCUGAUGCUCCUAAUUGGUCUCUAGAAGGGGAACUUGCCAAGGUUGGCGAUGAUAGCAAGGCCAAUGAAGCAGAGUUCUCUCAACCGCUCUGCACUGCUCUCCAGAUUGCACUUGUUAAUAUCCUUUAUACAUGGGGUAUCAAGCCGUCAUCUUUGGUUGGCCAUUCCAGUGGAGAAAUUGCGGCUGCCUAUGCAUCUGGUGCCAUAACCGCAAGGUCAGCUAUCAUUAUCGCCUAUUAUCGAGGCAUGGUCGCAAAGGAGCUGAAGAAAAAUGGGGCUAUGGCGGCAGUCGGUCUCGGAAAGGAUAAAGCCACGCAGUACCUGGUGGAUGGCGUAGUUGUUUCCUGCGAAAACAGCCCCGGUAGUGUGACACUAUCAGGAGAUGCGGACAAGGUUGAUAAGGUUGUGGGAACAAUCAAGAAUGAACUUCCGGAUGUCUUAUGCAGGCGGCUCCGCGUGUCCGUUGCUUACCAUUCUCACCAUAUGCAAGAGCUAGGGCCCUUGUACGAAUCACGCAUCACUCAGUUCGUCGAAUAUAAUGAGCGAGUUGCACACAUCAACGGCGUUUCUAUCGACCUCAAGAAAAUAAACGGUGUAGGGGAAACCUUAAGCAAUAUCCCCCCUUAUCCCUGGCAGCACGGUGCAAAGUAUUGGCAUGCCAUUGAAAGCUCGGAUCUAGAGCCAUCAUGGAGAAACGUCUUGCGCUUGGACGAUGUGCCGUGGCUCACUGACCAUGCCCUUCAAGGAAAUAUUAUUUUCCCCGCUACUGGAUAUGUCGCGAUGGCAGGGGAGGCCAUUUGUCAACUCGAUUCUGGUGCGGAUGGAUACACGAUCAAGAAUUUUGCCAUCAAAAACCCGCUAUUAUUGAAAAACGAGGCAGAAAUUAUCACCGCUUUUAGGCCGGUGAAGAUAACGGAUAUGGUUGACUCGGAAUGGUAUUCGUUCACCAUAAUGGCACAUGAUGGAUCUGGCUGGACGAAACAUUGUCAGGGACAAGUGAGGGCUGGUUCUGAAAACCCACCCAAGGGAUAUAAAAUCAAAGACCAGACACGAGUUCUUGACGUGGAUACCUGCUACAAACUUGUAGAUCGACAAGGGUUUAGUUACGGGCCUCAUUUCCGGCGUUUUCAAGAUAUAAAUGUGCAUCCGACUGAAUGCAAAGCCUCCGGAACUGUGCUCGACUUUCAAGACCGGUUCGAAAGCAGGUACAACCUUCACCCUGCAACCAUGGAUCACGUUCUUCAAUUAUUUCCAAUUGCUCAGGCUCGCGGCUUUGCGCGCCGUCUUGGACUCAUUGUCCCUACAAUAAUUGGAGAGAUAUAUGUUCGGGGGAGUGCACCGCAGCUCAAAAUCGAAGCCUGUAUCCCUCAGGGCGGAUUUGGGGCAGGCCGGGCCGGGCAAGCCAUAGUGAUGGCUGAUGAUGAGCUGGUUCUAUCUCUCAAGGAUAUUUUCGGAUUUCCAGUCGACAAUCAGGGGAAUACAGAAGCCUCUAAUGUUCCCCUGGGUUCGCAGAUACGGUGGGCACCCGAUAUUGAUAUGGUAUCUCCCCCUACAUUGCUUCCCACACCAACAGUGGAGGAACGCUACUACAAAAUGGCUAGGGAUGUCAGACAAGUAAGCCUUAUUUACAUCCUGGAAACUGCGGAUCGAUUGGCCUGUAUCACUCCUACGGCCCCAUCUCUAGUCAAGUGGAAAAAUUGGAUCACGGUCGAGGCAUCGAGACUCCACCAAAGUCUAGAUACUUUAUCUUCUAAGAUGCAAGAUUGGGUCCAGAUGAAUUCGGAGGCUCGCCAACUCCUCACAAGCGCCAUCUCUUCACGGUACGACGAUGAGAAAGAUGGGUCUUCCGUUCCAUUCGAAUGUAUGCGCCACAUCUACGAUCACUGUCAGGAGAUAGCCUGCGGAAAGAGUGUGGCAGAUCGGGCUAUUGAUUGCAUGGAGAAAUAUUGGCCUGUCCUUCAAUCACAGUGUGACUGGAGUCAUUUUCUGAGGCUCCUUGGCCAUUCCAACCCAGCCAUGCGGGUACUAGAAAUUAGUGCAGGAACAGGAAGUGCGACGCGGGUGGUAUUGCAACACUUAAAGUCUCCCGAAGGUGCGCUGCUACACUUAUACUCGCAAUACACUUUUACCGAUGCUUCCGAAAGCAUGGUAACGGCUGCACAAAAGAUGUUCCCUCAAUGCACGGAAUACAAAGUCCUAGAUAUUUCUAAAGAUCCAAAGGAACAGGGUUUCGAACCGCAUAGCUUUGACUUGAUUAUUGCUUCAAAUGUUUUGCAUUCUACACCUCGGCUGGAGGAGGCUCUUCGAAACAUAGGUCAUUUGCUCGCCGAUAAUGGCCGAUUUUUACUCCAUGAGUUGCAUCCACGUACGGAACCUCCACUAGAUUCUCGCGCCAUGGGUAUAUUGCCUGACUGGUGGGUGGGGGAUGAAGAUGGUAGACUUGAACAUCCAUACGUAUCCCCUGAGAGAUGGAACCAGGAGCUCAUUGCUGCCGGGUUUGUCGGAAAUGAGGUAAUGUGUUACGACUUAGAACCAUCCAACUCAACCACUUUCACCAUACUGUCUAAAAUGGCUCAAGUGCCAAAUAAUAAGACAGACGUUUUCCUUUUGGCAGGCGAAGUCCGUGGCCCGUGGGCCAAAGAAAUUGAAUCUAGCCUCGUUUCUCGGGGGUAUAGAGUGAACUGGGGUACAUUGAAUGAAGACCCUCCUGUUGAUCAGCUCAUAGUUUCUCUUUUAGAUAUGGAUGGGCCCUAUCUCCACGCCAUGCCCGCGCAGAAAUAUGCAGCCCUCCAUGCAUUCCUAACGAAGAUAAGCAAGAGCAAAAUGAUAUGGGUAACAAGCAGAAGCCAGCUCGCCUGCAUCGAUCCCCGUUUCAGUUUGAUAUUUGGACUCGCUCGAACGCUCAGGCAUGAAAUGGCUCUCGACAUCUCUACCUUUGAAACCGAUGUCUUUGAUACUGCGGCAGCCAAUGCACUUAUACUGGUCCUCGAAAAGCUCGAGUGGUCGAGGCAGUUGCCCAAUGUCGAACCGGAGUACGAAUUCAGCUUCUAUCACGGUACUAUAAAUAUUGGCCGGUGCCACUGGCAAUUGCCUCAAAUCCAGGAGUCUGACCAAGCAUUACUUGAGGCACCGAUAAAACUAGAAAUUGGGUCACGCGGGUCAAUAAAUACCCUCCAGUGGGCCCGGUUUGAGGAAGGGCCAUUAGAAAGCGACCACGUUGAGGUUGAAAUGCGAUAUAUUGGGUUGAACUUCAGGGAUAUAAUGGUUGCAAUGGGCCUAUAUGGUGACCCUGAUGAAUUUGGUAUAGAAGGCAGUGGUAUCGUUUGCCGGGUGGCACCAGGCCUUGACUAUAAACCAGGCGACAAAGUUGCGGUCAUCUCUACAGGUGCUUUCCGUACUCGCGCCGUUCUACCUUCACACAUGGUUAUUAAGAUUCCCGAUGACUUUACAUUAGAAGACGCAGCAACGAUGCUAUGUGGCUAUUUUACAUCCCUCAUCUGCCUAAUUCAUCUCGCGCGAGUUAGGGAAGGCGAGUCAGUGUUAAUACACUCGGCCUGCGGGGGGGUUGGCCUGGCAGCAAUCCGCAUUUGUGAAGCCUUGGGCGCAAAGAUAUUCGCCACUGUCGGUAAUGACGAAAAAGUCAAGUAUCUCACCGAUCAGUUCGGAAUUCCGCGUCAUCGCAUAUUCAACUCUAGAAACGCUGGUUUCCUGCCUGGUAUUAUGCGCGAGACCAAUGGCCGGGGUGUUGACGUCGUGUUGAACUCACUUGCAGGAAAAUUGCUUCACGCUUCGUGGGACUGUGUUGCACCGUUUGGCAAGAUGGUUGAACUUGGGAAGCGUGACUUUAUAAGUAACGGGCAACUCAACAUGGCACCCUUUAUAGAUAAUCGCCAGUACAUCGGCUUCGACCUAACACAAUAUGGUACGGCGAAACAUUACUUGCGCAAGGUGGCGACCGAGCAAUUCAUACAGUGGUUCAACGAGGGCAAAAGUCAGCCAAUUCGACCAAUCAAAGUCUAUGACGCUACCAAGGUCGUGGAUGCCUUCCGAUAUAUGCAACAAGGGGUUCACAUAGGUAAGAUCUUAAUCAGGAUGCCUCAGGACCCAGUAGAUUUACUGCGCGCCGAUGGCCCAUCCGUAAUCACAUUCUCACCAAAUGCCUCAUACCUCCUAGUUGGCGGGCUAGGCGGGCUAGGACGCUCGGUGUCAUCUUGGAUGGCGGAAAAUGGUGCCCGUCAUAUUGUAUACUUGUCACGUUCUGCUGGGAAAUCUGCAAAAGACCAGGCGUUCCUGCGGGAGCUUGAAGACCAAGGCUGCUCUGCGACCUGCGUAGCAGGCAAUGUGGCAGAUAUGGCGGACGUAAAGUCUGCCAUCUCAAAAUGCCCCAAGCGCCUCGUUGGUAUUAUUCAAUUGUCCACUGUUUUGAAGGUAAAUUCUUUUGUCUCCGGUAAAGCUGAUCGCACCUUUGAAAAGAUGACGCAUGAUGAAUGGUCGUCCUGCCUUGAAUCCAAGGUCCAGGGAACUUGGAAUCUGCAUGAUGCUUCACGGGACAAAAAGCUUGACUUUUUCGUAGUCUUCGGCUCUGUCUCUGGCAUUUGCGGAAACGUCGGCCAGGCCAACUAUGCCGCGGCGAAUACCUUCCUUGGCAGCUUCACGCAAUAUCGUCGUCAGCUCGGUUUGCCAUCUGCCAUCCUUGAUCUAGGUGUAGUGGAGGAUGUCGGUAUGGUGAGCCAGAACAGCAGCCUGCUGCAGAAUGCCCAGUCCGCCUCGCUGCGUCUAGUCAGCGAGAAGGAGCUGAUAGAAGGGCUACAGCUCGCGAUACGUCAAUCACACACAGCCUAUUCGCCUGACGAUAUGACUUCUAGCUCAUGCAUCAUCGGGCUGGGAAACACGAAGCCACUCUCUGCUCCUGGAGUCCGCGCUCUAUGGGCCAGAGAUGCCCGAUUCACGCUCUACUCAAACCUAGAAUUGGAAGGCGUUGGACAUGAGCCGGGUGAAAUUGAUGAGAUCAAGAUUAUGCUCGGAAAGAUACAACAGAAUGCAGCCUACCCGAACACCCCAGAGGCAGAAAGUACUAUCCGAGGCGCGCUGGGGCGUAGGCUUAUGCAGAAUAUGGCGCAUGCACAAGAUCUAGAUGACGAGCAGAUGUCGAACUUUCCUGUCGACUCACUCAUGGCCAUCGAGAUCAAGGGCUGGGUACGCCGUAAUCUUAGGCUAGAGAUCAGCUUGAUGGAGAUUUCAAAGGCAGGAACCGUCGGAAAGCUAUCGAAGCUAGCUCAUGGCCUCCUCAUGGCCAAACACGGCGUCAAGGCAGCUACCUCUGAGCAUGCCACCUCUGAGCAUACCGACUAG